UUGGAAUGCUGCCCUCGUUGGCAAGGCAGCGUCACACUGGGCCAUCCACACCGACACCAGCCAGCGCAAAUCGCUCAGUUUUCCAUGCUCCUGCUGGAUCCGGCAUUGUGCCCGGUGCUGGCGAAAGCGACUUUCUGAGCGAAUCCGACCGUUUCGACCAAUUUGGAGCAAGAUCAGAAUCCGAAGCGCAGCAGCACCCAGCGGAGGUCGCACUAAUGCAUCCAGCAGUCUCAAUACAUGCUCAAGACAGGCAGUCUUACUCGAGAGAGUACCAACACGAGAGUUCUGAUGGCGAUGACGAGGACGAUGACCGAUUUCGCAGCAGCAGAAGCGUCGGCGAUCCACCCCAGCACGAGCAGAACGAGCAAACCCGCAUGCAGGCAGCAGCGCUGCACCAGUCAAGAACCCAUGGACGUAACAGCUCCAGUCACAUGACGCAGGCGCUCCGCCAGGGUAGCCAAGAUCGCAGCACGAUUGGCUGGCUGGACCAGCCGUUGCACGACGAGGCAUUCACGCGCCAGUACGAGUACGCGCGGUGCCGUCGACCCUCGAGGAUUGCGCACGAAGCCAUCCAAACACUGUCAUUCUCAACAUUGGUGCCUCCUCAGCUCACAAUGCCCGUGGCAGAGCCGUCGUCGUCGUCGUCGUCGUCCGAAAAGACCUCGCGCCGUGCAACUCGAUUUUUGGGGUCGCUCUUGUAUGGACGGCACGCGACCUGGACGUGGUGCAUCCUGGUCGCUCUCGCUGCGAUAUGGGUCCGUCUUGCAAGCAUAUCGACACCAGAGGCCGUCGUGUUUGACGAGGUGCACGUCGGUGGGUUUGUGUCCAACUACGUGAAGGGCAGCUACUUUUUCGACGUGCACCCGCCGCUGGCCAAGCUGGUCUUCACCCUCUGUGCGUGGUACACUGGGUAUGAUGGGACGUUCGAUUUCUCGACGAUCGGAAGACACUACUUUGAGCAGCCAAAGCGAGACGUUUUCAUUGAAGGCGUCGACUCUGCUUUUCUGCCUGAAAAGUCGCAGCCGCCAUUCAUCGCCAUGCGCACAGUGUCGGCGUUGGCUGGUGCACUGAUCAGUCCCGUUGCGGUGCUGACGCUGCGCUUGCUCGGACGCUCCUUGCCAGCCUCGGUCGCAGCAGGUCUGCUUUUGCUUUUCGACAAUGCCAUGCACACCCAGAGCCGUGCCAUUCUGCUCGACUCUCAGCUCGUUCUAGCGCUCGCUGUGGCGAUUCUGUGCUGGGUUGCAUUUGCUCGGCGUGAGGUGCAGCACCCUUUUUCGCCUCGAUGGUGGUGCAGCAUGGUUGGCUGCGGUGUCGCGCUCGCCUGUGCAAUCAGCGUCAAAUGGGUCGGCCUCGGGCUGUUUGCCGUGAUUGCUGUCGACCAAGGCGUAGCCAUGCUCCGGGCUUUGGACCUUACCGUCGACUUGGGUCCGGGCGAUGCUGGUAUUGGCCGAACAAACUAUGUUCAGCGCGUUCGGCACUCGCUUCGACAAUCCUAUGACAUCGCGGACACUGCGUUGGCCAUGUCACGAAGCACAGCCCCUCUGUCGUAUAGUGAGCGCAGUCCGCCAUCGACAGCUGCGAUUCCAACUGCUGCGCGAGUAUCGGCGCACCUGCGACACUCCGAGCUUGCCGUGCACGUUUGGGCCCGAGUCCUGUGCUUUGCUCUCAUCCCGGCUGUGCUCUACGUGUCUCUUUUUUAUAUUCACUUUGCGUUAUUGCCACGGCCUGGCCCUGGGAUGGCCUUUAUGGACUCUGAGUUUCAAGCCUUCUUGCAAGCGAACGGUCAACAGCAACCAAGCGUCCCCAGUGCCGAAACUCGGCUGCUCAGUGGUGCCAAUGUGUCCAUCGGCUUGGCUGGCAACCGCCAGUGGCUCGCCCAUCUCAUCCAAAAGCCGUCGGGGGAUGUCGCAGUCGGUGCCAGGUUUUACGACACGUACUAUGACAUGUUGCGAAUACCAUCGUUUCGGCUCCACAGCGCAGCCGACCUCCGUCUCGUGCAGGCUGAUGCGCCCGACACCGGCCUGGGCAUACAUCCCGGAACAGAGCUUCGUUUGCAAGCUGGAACCAAUCCGCUGUUUUUGAGUAUUGUGCGAGGGCCAGACGGCGACACGAGCAAAGUGCACCUGGGCGGCGUCGCGUCUGCCGGUCUUCGCACAGCAGGCUGGCGAUUCGUAGAUGCCAACCAGCGCGUGUUGCCCCAGUCAACCCGGGAUCGACGCAAAUUGGACAUGUCCGCAGCGUCGCCGAUCAUGUCACCGGUGUUUAUCGAAAGCACCUUUGCCGACUGUCGCCUCGCCAUUUUGGAUGAUUUGUCGCACGGCAGCUUCGCCUUGCCCGACCGCAAUCUGACGUGCGUUCCCAAGAACUCGCUGUCUGCAACUAUGUGGAGUGUAUUUGCGCCCAUUCGUGUCCCGGCUUCAAAGCCAUACUUUGUCCCAACGUUCUUCAAGCUACAUGCUGCGAUGUGGCGUGCAAAUGCUAAUCUAGCCAGCACGCACUCUUACGCGUCCAAACCAAGCUCGUGGCCAUUUCUCGAAAAAGGAGUCAGCUACUGGAUGCAUCAGGGAAGACAAAUCUACUUUCUGGGCAAUCCAACCGUCUGGUGGCCAGCCGCAGCAUCAGUGCUGGUCGUGUUGGGCAUGUGGAUGGGAACAUACGUGAUGCUCCUCAUCAGUUUUAUACUGCGUCGUCUUGCAACGUACGGCCGACACUUGUUUCAUUCAAGAAUCAAUGGCUUGACCUACUGGAUGAGCACCGUGUGCUCGCCCGCCACACUGCUGCUUGUGGUGUUAUACAUUGUGCACUUCCUCCCGUUCUACGCAUUCGGCCGCCAGCUAUUUUUGCACCACUACCUGCCGGCGCUGUAUGUUGCAGUGCUGACUCUGUGCUCGUUGCUCGACGAUGUACUGGCACUCGUCGUUGUUCGCGUCGUUCAGAUGCAGCACAAUCCCGUGAUGCAUCUCGUCACAGAGUCUGCAGAACUCCGAGAUGCUCUGACGCGGUCGACAGAGCGCCGCGUGCGCAUCGUUCGCUUGCUGGUGUACGGAGUUUUGGUCGCAAUGGCGCUCGGGACUUUUGUUUACCUGCUCCCCGUCACGAGUGGCUUUCCCAUCGACAUCCCCGCUGGGCUGAAGGCACGUCAAUGGCGUGCGAGCUGGAACUUUCAGUAUCUUGGAUGAGCUAGAGCCGUGCGUUUUUUUCUUGUAUAUGCUGUUGUAAUAUAGAUGGAAUUCUGAAUUGAUCUUGAAC